CUGCGCAUUUUAGAUUGACAUCCCUCAAAAUGACUACCACGCUGCCGCCACUCGCCCAUCUAUGCCAAAGAUGUAGCGUUCUAGAAUUCUACGACUCAGACGUACCGAGAGCUUUGGGAGAACAUCCCGGCCUCUUUCGUCUUAAACUGGAUUAUUUUCUCCUGGAUUCACUUCCUGAUUUACCGUGUCUUGCAGAGUCCGCCUAUAACGGCUGUGACUUCUGCUCGAUACUGAAAAAUGCCAUCUUGAAAUAUUCGCGAGGCUCCUUCGACCAGGUAUUGGCGUACGUUUUUUACCAGUGGCGUAGGCCUGGCGAAGGCGAAGGUGGGCCGGCGAUGAAGCUUCAGUCGUUGGUCGCUGAGUUGUUAUGGAUUGGAUAUGAUGAGAACGGCGAUCACUUGAGCUUGUCAACGUGGCUACGUUUUGAUAUUGACUCUCCUCCCGGCCCUUGUUCCCAAUGGCUGGGACUUCAGCCGCCCCCUUGGGAUAAGGCUUUAUGCACUGACAACCUUGAAAUGAUUUUUAAUAGCUUUGAAUGCAGCAAUCCUAUACGGACAUCGCUGAAUGGAGCGACGUAUCCAACCCGUCUAAUUGAUGUUGGAGUAAAGGGGUCAUACUCAUGUCGACUUGUCGAGACAAGAUUGGACCCCAUAUUCAUGCAAUCAUCUGAUAUCCAAUAUGCAACUCUAAGCUACUGCUGGGGGUCUCCGGAACAGUCUUCUCGGCAGUUCAAGACGGAAACAAGCUCAUUACAAGAGAGAAUAUGCGGGUUUAGCUUUAACCAAGCUUCCCCGAUCCUGCAAGAUGCUAUUCGAGUUACGCAGACCCUGGGCAUACGGUAUCUCUGGGUGGAUGCGGUCUGUAUUAUUCAAGAUGAUAAACAGGAUUGGUAUAGGGAGUCUUCGCAGAUGUCUCUAAUAUUCCAAAAUUCCACCCUAACAAUUUGUACUCCCGCUUCGACGUCUUGUCAGGAAGGGUUCCUUAGUAGGGACUGGACAAUGACGAGAAUAAAGUUUCAGUCCAGAAUGAACGAGGCUGUGUCUGGAUCCUACACUAUCCGACUCGUCGGCGAGAUGAACAAUUACUAUCACGCGACUGUUGAUGGACUAUCUUUCGCCUUAACUUACAGUCACUGGGCUAUGAGAGGGUGGAUACUUCAGGAAUAUGAAUUAUCACAGCGGGCACUCAUCUUCACGAGGACCAAGUUACAUGUUAUUACGGAACAUGGCGUUCAAUCAGAAGGAAAUGAGACCCUAGAUAUGUCGGAAUGCACCCGCGGAACUGUUUUUCUCCCGGGUAACCGCAACAAGUUGAACAGAUACCUGAACUUCUUGUCCUUAGUCGAGAGUUAUUCAACAAUGAAGCUUACUCAUCGUUCCGACAAAUUUCCCGCGAUAUCGGGACUUGCCAGUCGAUUAUUCAGUGGGGGUGCGUAUUACGCAGGACAUGUGCUUCCCCAUAUCGACCUGUUUUGGACGUCUGUACUUCGUCAACCUGCUGCUCUUGUCUCAAGAGAAGCGUUGGUUGAGAACCUGAAGUCGCAGAACCCCUAUGUUGCGCCAUCUUGGAGCUGGGCCAGCCGAAACCACCCAGUGAAUUUUGGUGACGGGCAGCUCAGAAUCGUUUCGCAGGAGUCAGAUUUUCUCGAUGUCCGGGCCGAAUGCCGUGUUGUCCAUGCGAAAACGUCAAUUACCGGCGUGGAUUUGUUCGGUGGCAUAGAAACCGGAGAGCUCACUCUUCACGGUGCCGUCAUACCUCUUAUAGGCCACGUACAGCUACUCACAAGUAUAAAUGGAAACGAAAAACUAUGCCGGCUAGUCGAAGACGGAGAGUAUAUUGCCGACCUCAGCUUCGACUGGAAUGAUAUCUAUGGCGGAGAGGCUUUUCAAGACUUAUCUUUAGUAUUGAUCGGAAGCCGCAAGGUUGAAGGUCUCUGCUGGGAACCAAUUAGGCUCAUAUACGAGCAUGAAUUGGUCGACAAGCCGGAAAAGAAGUUGGGUAAAGAUAUAGGUACUACUAUGGCUACUACUAAGACCACUCCUAUGGCCGUGUUCGUCGUUAGGGGGCGCCCCAAUGUUGCAAGUCUGCAUGGAAAGCGAGUUGUUCAUAGAGUUCAUUAUCAUCGUGGCCAUGACCAUGAUAAAGAUUGGUUCCAAGAUCAUGCGGCAGGUAGUAUGGAUGAUAAAAUGGUUGAUACGGAAAUGGAAUAUCAGCGACAUGUGUCAGAGGUUUAUCAUGGACAUAGGAGACCGGCACAGCCCAGCGAUGACGACCAAAGGCAUGCUUACGGUAUCAUCGUCCAACCCGCUCCCGAGCCAGGCAAGUAUUUUCGCGUUGGCGUAUUUCUAUCCGUGCCUCGGGAACGCGGCGGAUUGAAAUAUUUUCGGGGCAGGGCGAUGCGGACCGUGGAGAUUAUCUAAUUAGCUUGUUACCUACCCCUGAAUCAAGAUAUAUAUUGA